GACCAAGAAAGCUGGCAAUCAGUUCUUCACGAUAUUGUUACCAUUGGAGCAACCGUCGCCCCACUCAUUGGUGUCCUCGGAAAGAAAGAUCUUGACCAAGAAAGUUGGCAAUCAAUUCUUCAUGAAGUUGCUACCAUUGGAGCAACCGUCGCCCCACUCAUAGGUAUCCUCGGAAAGAAAGAUCUUGACCAAGAAAGCUGGCAAUCAGUUCUUCACGAUAUUGUUACCAUUGGAGCAACAGUCGCCCCACUCAUUGGUGUCCUCGGAAAGAAAGAUCUUGACCAAGAAAGUUGGCAAUCAAUUCUUCAUGAAGUUGCUACCAUUGGAGCAACCGUCGCUCCACUCAUAGGUAUCCUCGGAAAGAAAGAUCUUGACCAAGAAAGCUGGCAAUCAGUUCUUCACGAUAUUGUUACCAUUGGAGCAACAGUCGCCCCACUCAUUGGUGUCCUCGGAAAGAAAGAUCUUGACCAAGAAAGCUGGCAAUCAGUUCUUCACGAUAUUGUUACCAUUGGAGCAACCGUCGCCCCACUCAUAGGUGUCCUCGGAAAGAAAGAUCUUGACCAAGAAAGCUGGCAAUCAGUUCUUCACGAUAUUGUUACCAUUGGAGCAACCGUCGCUCCACUCAUUGGUGUCCUCGGAAAGAAAGAUCUUGACCAAGAAAGCUGGCAAUCAGUUCUUCACGAUAUUGUUACCAUUGGAGCAACAGUCGCCCCACUCAUUGGUGUCCUCGGAAAGAAAGACCUUGACCAAGAAAGUUGGCAAUCAAUUCUUCAUGAAGUCGCUACCAUCGGAGCAACUGUUGCCCCAUUUCUCCUUCUCGUAAAGAAAGAUCUAGACCAAGACAACUGGCUAACAGUUCUCCAGGAUGUCGUUAAAGUUGGAGAAACAGUCGCCCCAUUUCUUCUUCUUGGCAAGAAAGACGCUGCGGUAGAGGAUGUCAGCCUGACAGAGCUUAUUGGGGACGCUGGCAAAAUAAUAAGCAUUGUAUCACUCUUUGGCAAGAAAGAUCUUGGACAAGAUGUCUCUAUCUUUGAUCCUCUAGGUGGCAUUGUGUUACCGCCUUUGAUCCUGUCAAGACAAGCUAAAGAGCAAGAUCUCUCUCUUGCUGAGAUUGUCCAGCUUGUUUCCACUAUCGCUUCAAAAUGACAAGUUUCGUUUGCGUAGAAGAGAAAGUGAAUAAAAAAUAUAUUAAA